AGCUCGUUGCAUACAAGCGCGCGUCACUGGCAUCUCCUGUUGAAGACACGCGAUGGCUUUGGCAGAUCCAGAAUGUGUAAUAUCAAACUGCGCAGAAUCAGCGUCUCCGUUUUCUGAAAUCGUUGAACUAAAUGUUGGAGGACAAGUGUAUUUGACACGGCACACGACUUUGACAGCCGUACCGGAUUCUCUCCUCUGGCACAUGUUUAGUAAGAAAACACCAAAAGAUCUGGCACGAGACAGCAAGGGUCGUUACUUUCUGGACAGGGACGGGUUUCUUUUCCGCUACAUUUUAGACUAUCUACGGGAUCUAAAUCUGGUUCUGCCCGACUAUUUUCCAGAAAAGAGCAGACUACAGAGGGAGGCAGAGUUUUAUCAGCUGCGGGACCUGUCCAAGCUCUUGAGUCCCAAAAUGAGCAAAGACAACUCCAUCACCGAUGAGAUCUGCCAGAGUGAUUCGGAAGAGCUGUCGAUGCAGAGCGCGACUCCUCUGGUCGGACCGGACCCCUCACGCGCGCUGUCCGCCGUCAGUAACGCUCACUCUCCAUCCCUGGAGUCCAAGAAGUCGGGCUACAUCACAGUCGGUUACCGGGGUUCGUAUACAAUCGGAAGAGACAUACAGACAGACGCCAAAUUCAGGCGAGUCGCGAGGAUCACGGUGUGCGGGAAAACUUCUCUGGCGAAGGAGGUGUUCGGAGACACUUUGAACGAAAGCAGAGACCCGGACCGACCUCCGGAGAGGUAUACAUCACGCUAUUAUCUGAAAUAUAAUUUUCUCGAACAAGCGUUUGACAAACUGUCCGAGUCUGGCUUCCAUAUGGCCGCGUGCAGCUCCACUGGCACGUGCGCCUACUUCAGUAAUGAUCCGAACGAGGAUAAAAUCUGGACAAGCUACACAGAGUAUGUGUUCUGUCGAGAAUGAUCCCACAAUUGUUACAUGGAAGCGUGUCCACUACAAUAGUAAAGUUUCAUCCACUCUUAUAAAAGUAUACUGGAGUUUUGUUUCCCAUUGCACCUACCAGUUGUCUUGGUUGUUGUUAUAUAUUUUAUAUAUAAGGACGCAUAACGUGUAACUAUCGUGUUGCAUUACUGCAUAAUAUCAUUUUUUAAUUCAGAGGGCCUAUUUGUGAAACGUUCGCAUGUCCUAGAUGUAUUUUGUUUGUUUUAUUCAUUAUGCAUGUAUUCAUGUAUACACACACAUGAACGUUGCUUUACUAAACAUGAUCAGAAACAUGGAGCAUUUUCACUAAAUAAGUUAAGUUUGGUCCUAUAAACAGCCUCACGGUUUUUUUUAAUUAAUCAGUACGAUUAAUUUUUUUUUUGCAUACAUUUCUUUUGUCUUAGGUUCAAAACUUACUGUAUCUAUGUUCAUUUCUUUAUAUUAAACAAAGUGCACCUUUUUCUUCCAGCUGUAAAUGACUUAAGAUGUCUGUUCAAAGAGAGUCAAUCAUUCAAUAAAUUAUAAU